GAAAAUUUUGAGGGAAGAUAGACGGUCUUGUCCGACUCUGCUGUACAUACCCAGGGCCAGGGCUACACAGCCUACAUUUUGGACACGCGAGGACGAGAAGCUGACUCGCGUUCUAGAUUGCAGCUUGGCGGCAAGCGGCGGUUAACAAAGUCAUCAUCUUGCAGGAACUGUUAUGAGGUAAGGCUGCCACUUGUAUGAGAACUUUGAUAGGUGGUUCAGAUGUUGUAGGAAGGCUGGCCUGUUUGAUAUGGCGGGUCUGCCAGGCUAGAACGCCACACACCGGAAGAAGGUGAUCUGGACAGUGCGUAGUUGUGCGCAGGAGGAGUCAAGAUGUUGUGGUCGGGGAUAAGCUCUCCAGGUUGCCGGUGGCUGUCUGGCUGACCCCGAUGCUGCGUGCUGCUUGUGCGGCUGCUCCUGCCUGACCCGGGCUACGAUGCUGCUGGGGUAUCCCCCCGGCAUACCGGAGGGGGGGGAGCUGCCCAAGGAUGUCACUCAAGGGGGCAGCAGCUCCGGGGAUGGCAGCUGGCUCCUGCGCUUUUUUGAUUCCGCAUUCUUUUGCGAGUGGAUCGCGGUGUCGUACCUGUUUCGGUACGAGCACGGUGGGGUGCGCGACUAUUUGUGCAACCGAAUGUACGCGCUGCCGCUGGCGGGCAUGGAGCGCUACCUCUUCCAGCUGUGCUUCAUGCUCAUCCAGUGCCCUAGCCCCUCGCUGGAGCGCUAUGUGGUGGACCUGUGCACGCGCUCCCUGCACAUUGCGCUCAAGGUGUACUGGUUGCUGCUGGCGGAGGUGGAGGACCUGGCAGAUGCCAGCGCCCGCGCCGAGGUGGAGCGCCUGCAGCGCAUCUGCGAGGAGGCCGCCAUUCGCCAUCUGCCGCCCACGCCCUGGAAGCUCAAGGGCAAGGCCGGCAAGGGCGACGCGAGGAGGAGGUUUGGGCGCGGCCGCCGGCUGCUGGCGCUGCCCUCCCUGCCCUCCCUGUCGUCAUCCUCAGCCUCCAAGAGUCCGGCCCUACCGGCACCCGGCAAAGCAGACGGGGAACGGAAAGAGAGCCUCAGUGGGAGCCCGCUGACCCCGCGGUCCGACGAGAAGGAGGCAGAUCUGACCAAGAGCAGCUCACUGCGGCGCCUGAUGCCAGGCUCUAAGACCAAAGACUCGCCGAGCAAGCACACUAGCAAGGAGAAGGACGCCUUGAAGAAGGAGCGCGACAAAGAGAGAGACAAGGGGUCUCCCAAGAGCAGAACCCCCAAAGGAGAGGGGUCCAAGGGCAAGGACAGCUUCUGGAAGAGGCUGUGGCGAGACAAAGCGGAGGGGGAGGAUGGGGAGGACUGUGACGAGCUGUCUCGCGUUGAGGCCACCGGGGCCCCUCGCUCCGUGUGCAAAAGUGAGGACGAGGGGGAGGCUGACCCACUGCGCAGCCCGAGCGUGGUGACCAAGAGCGAGGGCGAGGGCGAGGGCGAGCGGCUGCGCAGUUUCCGGAGCGUGGGCAGCACCAGCGAGGACGAGCGCCCCGGCUUCUGGAAGCGGCGCCUCACAUUCAGCUACAGCGACCGAGAGAAGGAGACCGAGAGCAUGGGGGAGAGUGAGAGUGCCGACGAGCGGGCCAGCCGGCGGCGCAGCAGCAAGCGGUUCCGGUGGCGCUCGCGGCGGGAUGCGCACGAGCGCAGCGUGGAGAGUAGUGGGGAGAGCAGCGCGGACGAGCGCGAGCCCGGCAGCCGCAGUGUGGGCAGCAGCCGGCGCGAGAGGGAGGCGCAGCAGACCCUGGCGACCAUCGGGGACAGCGGGAAUGAGGCGGGCAGCAGCAACGAUGAGGCGGAGGAGUGCCAGGCUGGCACAGCGCAACAGCGGGGGGGCGAUGCAGAGGGCACGGUGGGAGGUAGCGCGGCAGUGGCGGUGGGGGCGGACACCUCAGUGGGGCCCUCCAGCGCAGCGCAGGGGGGAAGCGCGGGGGAGGCAGUGCCGGCAGUGCGGGGGCUGACUGUGGAGGUGGACGUGGGCGGCGGGGGGGAUGGCGGGGACAGCCGCUCAGAGACCACGAGCCCAGCGGCCACGCCCGACAGGGUGGGCGACUUCAGCCCUAGCACGCAUGCGCUGGAGCUGCAGCCUUCGCGCGCGGGAGCGGGGGGCAGGGCGGGCAAGGGCGGAGCACAGCAGGCGGGCCAGGCAGAGCGGGCGAUGGUGGCGGGGAAGGGGGAGAAGGGGGGCAAGAACACGUUCCGGCUGGCGGCCCUGCUGUGGGGGAACGGCGACGUGGCGGUGGCGCGGCUGAAGAAGCUGGAGCAGGAGGCGGCCGCCAAGGGCCGCGAGGGCACCCUGCUCAGCCCCCCCAGCGCGGCUGCUCUGGCGCAGGCGGCAGCGCAGCCGCGGCUGCCCCGGCACCCCUCGUUCUCCAUCCGCCAGGGGAUCAUCCACGCCACACAAGACUUUGUGCGUGCCCUGUGUGAUGCUUCCUCCGGUCUGGUGGAUGUGUAUCCAAUGGCGGACCGCCAGGUGGCGCUGAGACAGUCGCUCGCGGAGCUGAACACGCACCUGGAGCUGGCAGGCCCCGACUCAGGCAUGGUGUUCCCGCUGGGCAGCCCUGCGCGCAUGGUGCACAUCCCCGAGGACGAGGCCGUGCUGCUCAACUCGCGCGACAAGGCGCCCUUCAUGAUCUGCUGCGAGGUGCUCAAGUACGACGACCCCAGUGCGUCCAAGAACGAGCAGGCGGCCCCGUCCAAGCUGCUCAACGGGGGCCUCACUGCGUGGUGGCGCCAAGCCAACGGCGGGGGCGCCAGCCCGGGGCGUGUUUCCUGGGACGGCGCCGCGUCGCUGCCCCUCCCGUGGGCCCUCCCGCUGGGCCCCCCGGAGCUGCUGUCCCCGCCCGACCCCGCGCUGGGCGGCCUCGUGGACCCCCCCGCCCAGCUGGUGGAGGUCGCGCUCAAGGUGGGCCGCCGCAGGAAGAGGCGCGGCAGCCCCCCCGCCGAGGGCAAGGCCACCACCAGGGGGGCGAGCUUGCCCCCCAUCCCCGGCGCUGGCCCCGCGCACCGUCGGCUGUGGAGCUUCGGCAGCGUGCUGGAAGGGUACGAGUCGGAGACGGCGGCGUGGGCGGCGGGAGAGGGCGGGUCGCGCACGGGGUCCCGCAACCCGUCGGAGAGCGGGAGUGUCUCCACGGGCGAGGCGGAGGUGCGCCUGGGCACGGCGCCGCUGGAUGGCGACCCGGACUCGCCAGGAGCAGAGAACAGCGCACGCGUCGUGCCCACGUGCUCGUCGGAUGCAGAAGAGGCUGCUGUCGACGACGAGGCGUGGGUGACGGUGAGCCUGCGCGCAGUGCCCGGCGCGAGUAUGAGCGAGUUUGGGGAGGUUGACGAGGGCCGGAAGGGCGGCGGAGCGAAGAAGCACCAUCGGCGGAUACCCAGUGCCGUCGCGUUCGCAGAGGCCAAGGCCAUGGCGGCCAAAGGCAUGGCGCCCCCUGUCCCCAGCCUGCCCGCCAAGGCGUGGGCGUCGGUCCUGGGCAACGGCGAUUCUGCAACCCCACGCCCGAGUGACGCGGCGCUGGCGGACGCGCGGGAGGUCCGUGCAACGGCAGCGGAAACGCUGGGCGAGCGGUGGGAGGAGAAGAAGGCGCGCAUCCGGCGCAAGUCGCGGUUCGGCAAGGCGCCCGGGUGGGACUUGCGCAGCGUGAUCGUCAAGAGCGGGGACGACUGCCGGCAGGAGCACCUCGCAGCGCAGCUCGUGGCGCACUUUGCAGACAUCUAUGCGGAGGCGGGCCUGCCGCUGUGGCUGCGGCCGUACGAGGUGCUGGUGACCUCGUCGCGCACGGCCCUGAUCGAGACCAUCACGGACGCCAUCUCCAUCCACGCCGUCAAGAGCCGCAGCGCCGCAUGCGCCAACGGGGGCAGCCUGCGCGACCAUUUCCACGCCAAGUACGGCCGCGACACCCCCGCGCACCACACCGCCCAGAGGAACUUCGUGGAGAGCAUGGCGGGCUACUCCAUCCUGAGCUACCUCCUGCAGGUGAAGGACCGGCACAACGGCAACCUGCUGCUGGACGAGGACGGCCACAUCAUCCACAUCGACUUCGGCUUCAUGCUCUCCAACUCGCCCGGCGGCGUCAACUUCGAGUCCGCCCCCUUCAAGCUCACCCGCGAGCUCCUCGAGGUGAUGGACUCGGACGCGGAGGGCCGCGAGAGCGCGGCGUUCAGCUACUUCACGCGGCUGUGCAUCCACGGCUUCCUGGCCUGCCGCAAGCACGCGGAGCGCAUCAUCGUGCUCAUCGAGAUGAUGCAGAAUUCGGGAUGCCCGUGUUUCAAGGGUGGCGUUCGAAGUAUACAGAACUUGAGGAAGCGCUUUGCGCUUACCUUCACUGAACAGCAAUGUGUCUCGUUGGUCGUAUCCCUGAUCAACAGUAGCCUGGACGCCUGGCGCACCCGCCAGUAUGAUUACUACCAGCGCUUGCUCAACGGCAUCCUCUAGGUAUUAGAACUCUACGGCCUGUGCUACUUACUGAACCGCUAAGCAUAAAUGACUCCUUAAGCCCCAGAAUAAUCGUGGCCACAUGCCAAACACAAGCGCGAACUUACAUUCAUUGAAGCAAGGGGUUUUUAAGGAACGAGGACAGGGAGUAAGCAGCGGCGGUCAUUACAGCAGACCGUCUGUAAGUGAAGCUUGACAAGCUGAAAGUCCUUGUGCUACUAGGCGUGCCAUAGUCCAGUGUAUAUUCGAGAUACUUGAGGAGGAAUCUUGGUUGAUGCUUUGGCUGCGAGUGAACUGCGAUCUUUCAACGAAAGUUGGCCGGAUACUGGGGG